GACUUAACUUACAAACCCAACUGUUUAAUAUAUUUCCAAUUUUCAUCAUGAGAUUGUUUCGUGAUGCAGGCUUGUGGGUGAGCAGUAUCCUACUCAGCCCCAGGGUUUCAUUUCUUUCAAGAAGAAUAUAGGAACCUCCUCCUCUUACAAAUUUGUUCUUUUCCUCCUUCUCUCGUCGUUUGUCUCUUUUAAUUCUAUGUCCUCAUAAGACUUUGUCAAUGGGUUGAUGCCCGGCGUAUUGUCCCGUUUUCACCAUGAAAGUUUUGCCAGUCCUUCUUCUAGGCACCCUGUCUCUUCUACAUCCAGUAACCGCUUUUCCCAAACUAGACCAAGGUGAUGUAGUUCGAAGGUAUACUAAUGAAACCUCAUCGUCGCAUACAACUUCUUCUACCACAUUAUCAAAAGGGUCUCCGACCACCACACUCAUUUCAUCCAGCACAUUGUCUAUCUCUUGUACGGCAACAGUCACUUCAACAAGUGGCCAGCCCUUAAUAGCUGCAAGAGAAGCUUGUCCUACCACUGUCACUAUCGUCCACACACCCACAUCACUUCCAAAUAAUAAUAAAGCUGUCGUUGAGGCAUCCACUUCUGAGAAGGCUACCCUUACAACCUUGGCCGAGUCAUCCACAUUGAAAGAAUCGCUACACACUACCGCCUCCAACACAGAUCUCAAGUCGAGUUCUAUUGGUUCUCAUUCAACAUCCGUGCCACUCGAGUCUUCGAAAACUUCUAUUGAAGCUUCCGGUAAAAUUCCAAAUACUGCGAUCGCUUCCAGUACUAUUACCUCAAAGUCAAUUGAACCAAUAAGUUUAGUGGCGUCAAAAACACAAAGUAAUCCAACCCAGCCAUCAAGUGUCUCUACUGCAUCCACUGCUUCGCAUUCAAGUGUAGCUGGUGAAUCUUCAUUAGCAAAGACAUCUGAGUUAUCUUCGAAGCCACUUUCUUCGACGACUUUACCUGGUGGCACUACAACAACGCAAGCCUUCACACUGACAGUUCCAUCAGCUGACCCAAAAACAAUCCUUGCUUCCUCAAAGAGUAUCAGCUCAUCUGUCUCAUCAGUGCAUACUGAUAUAUCAAAGUCUGAGCCUUCACUUAUCUCUAGUUCACCUAAGACUACCGAUUCUAUAUCUUCAAAUACUGGUCCUGCCACCAAGAGCGAGUCUAUCACGUCCAGGACUUCCAAUUCUGCUUCAUCUACGACUGUGAUCUCAACAUCUCCCUCGGGAACAAUAGUCUCUGGGCCAACUGUUCCAGCUUCUCUUGCUUCAAAUUCAAAAUCUAGCUCAGAUGCUAACUUGAUAUCAUCAAGCGGAUCAUCAAGGAUUUUGACGUCAAAAACAUCCGAAUCUUCUCUACAGUCAACACACGAGUCCAAAUCCGAAGGUAGCUUAACCCAAUCUUCAGUAACUUCUACAUCUAGCUCUCUUUCAAAAGCAUCUGAAACUUCCUUUCAAUCGACACGUGAGUCGAAAUCGAAGAUUAGCUCGAAGCCUUCAAAGGUAUCGUCAACUAUUUUGACGUCCAGGACACCUGAGUCUUCCCCUGUUCCAACAACACGCGAAGUUAAAUCGGAAUCCAGUUUAAAAUCUUCUGCGCAAGUGUCGACGACUGCUGUCUUGACCUCCAAAACAUCUGGAUCGUCUAUUCAGACAAUACACGAGAGCAAAUCGAAAUCAAGUCUACCCCUAUCGCCAAACGCAUCGGUUCUCUCAACUUCUACAAGUUCAAAAGUCUCUUCUGCUCAAACAACACAAGAAAGCAAAUCAGAGUUAAGCAUAUCGGCUUCAUCGGUUCUAGGCCUCUCAACCUCAGUACCGUCUGGGGUAUUGACUCAAUCUCAAUCAACUCACGAGUCAAAAUCUAGUUCUUCUACUGCUGGAUCUCAACCAACUAUAGUAUCGUCAAAGGCUCAAACUCAGACUACUCAAGAGUCAUCUUCGGGAAAGGAGUCGAGCACUCUCAACCCGGCUCCCGACGCUACCACGUCUCACAGCUCGAGUGUACAAUUGCUCUCUUCAUCUGCGAUUAAACAAUCACAGACCACAUCUCAUAGCUCGAGUGCACAAGGACCAACUUCGUCUGCGAUCAAGCAACCAGAGACUGAAUCUCAUAGCUCAAGUGUACAAGGACAAAGCAGCACAUCGGAGUUAAAGGCCACAAGCAAAACUACCGAGAAUUCUACCACAGUCAAACCAGAAACUACUUCUCAGUCAAGGCUUGCAAGUACCACCGAAAAAACUGCUUCUACACGAGUACUUGAAACUGCUACAACUAGUGUUAAAUCAUCAGUCAGUGAAACUUCAAAGCAAAGCAGUUCAGUAGAGGGAGUAUCCACAUCGAUUAAUAUCUCAGAAGUCCAUCCAAGCAGCACUACCUCAUCCAAUCGAUCAGAUAAGACUGAGACUAUAAAAACAACUGAGAGAGCUUCUCAUACGUUCUCUUCAUUACUCAGUAAGACUACAGUUGAAACUUCUUCUAUUACAAGUGAAAAGCCCAAGACUUCAAAUUCGUCUCUCACGUCUAUCAUAUCAUUAUCUGAGAAGCACUCGACUACUUCUCAUACAACUAAGCUUUCAACUUCGGAGGUUAUUUCUAAAACAGGAACGGUAAAGGAAGCAACAGAACCUACUACAUUACCUACAAGUAAGGUUCAGACUUCGAGUCAAGGUACUAAAUCAGAACCAUCAAAGUCACUCUCUUCAAAGACAUCUGCGUCGACACAAGGGGAAUCAAGCACGAAAACAAUUUCCACUCAAACCUCUAUCUUCAAACCAUCAUCAACAGACAUGAAUGCGAGUGUUAUUUCAGGUUGUACGGCAACCCUCUCGGUUGUCGGUCAAGUCUUAGCAGUAUGCCCACAUACCAUCACCCUUGAUUCAUUCUUUUCCCCUUCGAAGACACCAAGCUCUGUUUCACCUACUAGUAUUACAGUCUCGACGAGUGUUUCUGCCAGUUCAAAAGUGGCUGAAACUACUAGCAAGACAUCUGACAGUAAUCCUACUACAUCCAAUCCAGUUACUUCCAACCCAAUUACUUCCAAUCCAGUUAGCAAAUCGCCAGAUGCGUCUAAUUCGGUUUCCCAAACCAUUGUUCAAACAAAUAGCCCGGUUAGCAAGUCUCCGGAUACCUCUUUAUCGGUUCCUGCAACCAGCAAUCCAACAAAUCCUGUAUCCAUCCCAGGGAGUAAGCCGGCCGAUACCACAACCAAUACCCCACCAUCAGGAUCUACCGUUUCUGGAUCCAUUUCAAUUUCAACUACUUCUAAUCCAGUCACGAGCAAAUCGCCUGAUGUUCCAACUUCUAAUCCAACAACCACUAAAUUGUCCAAUGCUCCUAUCUCGACCUUAGCAAGUAGCACACCGGUUUUACCAGCUACAACGAAGUCAUCUGACGCUCUUGCCACUAAUACGGGAACUACCAAGUUACCUGAUGCAGCUACUUCAAAUUCAAUAACUACAAAGUUACCCGACUCAUCCGUUUUGCCUACGACUAGUCCUGUGACUUCAAACACUAGUAAUAGCAGAGAUACUUCCAAUAUUGCCCCAACAACAUCACCAACUACUAAAGCUCAGACUGAAACUGCCAAAGCAAUCUCGAAUCCACAAACAACUUCGAAUCCCGUGUCUGUACCCGGAACAAAGCCGACUGAUAUUGCGACCAAUAUGGCAUCAACAGGGUCAACAGUCUCUCCAUCGAUUGUAUCACCACCUGUAUCUGAUCUAACUGGAACAACCAGCAAUGUAUCGCUACCAGGAACAACAAGUAAUGUAUCAAUACCGGUAACAACAAAUCCUGUAUCUUUACCUGGAACUAAGCCAGCUGAUAAUACUACCAACACAUCACUACUAGGACCUACAGUUCCUGGAUCGACGGCAACCCCCCCUGUGUCUACAAAUCCUGUGUCUAUUCCUGGAACGAAGGCAGCAGAUACAGCAUCAAUAAGCAAUCCAACUAACACCGCGACUGGAAGUCUUGCAUUUCCACCCUCAUCUACUGGAAAUACCGGAACCACUACUCCUGCUAUUGGAAUUCCAGUUGGACUGCCGAGUGACAAAAGUACAGCUCUCCCAGCCACUGGAAAGAGUGAUACAAUCGGUACCCAACCCGUAGCUAGUAACCCUGGCAUCCAAACAGGCGGCACAGAAAAACCACCCUUAGCAUCCGACACCAAUUCCAUAAUUUCCAGCAUCCAAGCAUCACCCACCAGCGUAAAGACCAAUCCCGAUAUAACCACUGCAAUUUCCAGCCCUACUAUAACUCCUACAACCAUUAAGCCUUCACCGGGCCAAACCACUAUUGCUCCCGUUGUAUUCAAUUCCCUAACUCUCAGUCAAGGAAGCUCCAACUUCGUAGUCGGUUCACAAACUAUAAAACCCGGUUCCGAAGCCACUGUAAGCGGUGAACGUAUCUCGAUCGCUCCAUCCGGCUCUGCAAUCAUCAUCAAUGGCGUAACCACAAGUACUACGCCCACACCCACUCCAUCCAAUGGUGCCAAGGCCGUUUUGACAACCACCACUGAACCCCUCCCCGGUGUCGUUGUCGUCGGAACAUCUAGUGUAACAGCCGAUUUCACUAAAUCUGGUUUCGUCAUUGGAAGCGCCACUUUGACUCCGGGAGGUGUGAUCACGCAAGGAAGUACUAUUAUUACUCUUGCUCCUAGUAGUACUAUCUCUCUCCCUCCAAACGUCGUGGUAAUUGGAUCUUCGACCUUCACCAAAAAUUCUGCUUCUGGUGUUGUGAUAGGUAGUCAAACUCUGAAACCAGGUUCCGUUAUUACGGUUGAUGGAUCUACGGUUUCUUUGUCACCUACCGGGAAUGCGGUGGUGGUCAAUGCCAACAGUGGUUUUGUAACUAGUACUGCUACUUUGCAAAGCGUAGUUCCGUUGAACAGUCUGGUCAUUGGAGGACAAACGCUUACAGCCGGGGGGACAGUGACGGAAGGUGGAGAUAUAUUGAGUUUGGCGGCGGGAGGAACGGGGAUUGUAGUUGUAGGGACCAUGACUGUGGGUGCUGGAGGAGCAACAGAGACGGCGAAGAAGAAGAGUGCGGGUGUGAGAAUGGGAAUGGGAAUUGGUGGAUGGGGAUUACUGUAUUUACAGGUUUCUUUUGUGCUUUUGGGGUUGUUGAUGUGAGUGGGCUUGUCGAGGGGUGAUUAUUUGAGAUGUUUUAUCUUCUGGAGAUUGGAGGUUUGGGGAAAGGAGAAGAGGUGUUUUUUUUAUAUUUCUAUAUUGAAGAGGGAUGGGUAUUUGUAGCUACAAAACAGGAUAAUGAGAUCAUAUCAUAGCGUUCAGCGAGCGAGCGAAAAGUUUUGGAUAGUUUGGAGGGUGUGUGUGGGUUUUCUUUUCUUUACUUUCCUUUGUUUUGUUUUUGUAUUACUACUAUUAUAUAUCUAUCCAAAGCCUUUGUAUCUACGAUAUUAUUUGUUUAUGGAGAUGAGGAAUUUGGGGAUGAUGAAUGGGAUCAGUCGAAUGGAUUAGAAAUAGGAGCAUAAUGAUAUACCUACAUAUAAUGACAUA